AUGGGGUGUUACAACAUGAUUUCUAGUGGAGGUAUUAUUGUGGAUCCAUCGAAGAUCAAUGUUGUGUUGCAAUGGAAGACUUUGAAGUCUGUUACUAAGAUAAGAAGUUUUCUUGGGUUAGCUGGUUACUACAUAAGGUUUAUCAAAGGCUUUUUAAAGUUGGCAUUGCCUUUGACUCAGUUAACUCGAAAAGGUCAAGCCUAUGUUUGGAGUGUUCAGUGUGAUGAGAGCUUUCAAGAGCUAAAGAAGAGGUUGACGUCUGCUCUAGUUUUGGUUUUGCCGAGUCCAAGUGAAUCCUUUGUUGUGUAUUGA